AUGGCUGCAGCUCUCCAAGACCAAGCGCGAACUGCGCCUUCAGCAGCCAACGGCGCGGCCGACAAACCCAAAGAAAAUGGAUCAAUUGCCGCACCCAGGAAACCACGACAAAAGAGGCCUAACUACAACGAAAUCCAUGCAAAACCUCUUCCUUUGGAAGUCUUCCCUGUUCCGGCCUUCAUUCCUCACAACCCCAUCUCUAUCGUGCGAAUAGCCAUAGCUUUGAUAUCUCAAUCUAUCUGGCCGCCAAACUUUCGCCCCGUUGUGCACAGGGCCUACUUCUCCGCCCACACGCAGUCAAUCCACGUGACCGACCCAAAAGCCAUUCGUGCUUUAUGGGAGCAUGGCUUCUGGGGGUCGGGGUCUCUUAGUCGAAGUGAGCCGCAAUGGCUAGCCCAGGAGAAACGGAAGCGCGGGCUCGAAGCGAUCACAACGAGUGAGGAAGUGACACGCAAAAGGCGAGAGGAGCGACGACAGUUCAAGCUAGGAAGAGCGAAGGCGCAGAGAGAAGCUAUCGAACAACAGCUUCGUGAAGAGGGGAAACUGGAUGCUGAGACGAACCUAGAGGAGCUUGUGGAGGACGGUAGUGUGAGCGAGUCGCCCUUGGGCACCUUGUACUCGUCUGAUGCCCGUGCACCUCUGGGCAACGGCACCACGUCAGCUGGCGAUUCGGUCAUAGAAGCAGUCCAGAAGACGCUUGCUGAAGAGGAGCCCUCUUUCGACACGGGGUUCCAGGACCAAGAGCACCUCCAGCUCACGUUCGAAGAGGCCUUCUUCCUCAGCUACGUGCUUGGAGUUCUCAAUAUUUACCACCAUGAGACGAUUCUCAGUACACCAGAUUUGAUUCGUCUUGUUUGUGCACAGUCGAAUUUCUUAUCAAGUGGCAGUAGUAGUUCUACUGCGGCCCUUCUCAACAAUCCGACGCAAUACACAAUAGAACCCGACAACAGCUUCGUACUAAAAUACGUCGUCUUCCACCAUUUCCGUUCACUCGGUUGGGUCGUCCGUCCAGGCAUCAAAUUCGCAUGCGACUAUCUCCUCUACCUGCGCGGUCCGGCUUUUACCCACGCCGAGUUCGCCAUCAUGAUCAUCCCUGCGUAUUCAGAUCCUUACUGGUCUGCAACGUCUGAGCGAGCUGCAGCAUGCAAGAAGAAAGAGCAACGAGAUUGGUGGUGGCUGCAUCGACUGAAUCGUGUGCAGACGCAGGUUCACAAGACGCUGCUAUUGGUCUACGUGGAGGUUCCACCGCCGUGGGAUGACAACACGGGGAAUGUAGACGUGGGAGACGCUUUGAAGAUGUACCGUGUCAGAGAAUUCGUGUGGAGACGUUGGUCACCCAACAGGAACAGGUAA